UUGAUCGUUAUACUACUCUGGCAAUUCUAGUUUAUAGUCUCAGUGGAAUCUUUUGCUGUUUAGUUUGAGUGAAUUUUCAUUGCUAACUAAAUCCAUAUAUUUGGGCAUUUCUCCAUUUCUUUUGGAUAUUUCAAACAAAUAUAAAAAAAACUGAUGCGAUUGAGACAAAACUGAGAAGUGGUAAAUGAUUGAUCGACAUCACUUCAUUGCUAUUUAACAUUUCAGUCACCUCACUAUUCUCCUUUUAGUUUUCAUUCAUUGGCAUAGUCAUCAUAUGUGUCUCUGAAUCUUAUUUUAAUGAAUUUGCUUUCAAAUGGCUUACCAAGUAGAACCGUUACCAAAUUCUUACGCUUUGUUAGGCGAGGGACCACAUUGGGACAUUGAAAAACAAAGUUUGUACUUUGUCGACAUCGAGCACGCUCAAGUGCUACGCUAUGACUAUGCACAGAACUGGAUAUACAGAUGUCAGAUUGAAAAUGAAAAAUACGCAUCUUUUAUUAUACCAAUUGAAGGAGCUAUCAACAAAUUCAUAGUUGGUAUUGGACGUCGUGUUGGCAUCAUAAAUUGGGAUGGUAUUUCAAAAACUUGCAAAGUAGAAAAAGAUGUUUUCACUGUUGAACAAGGAGAUUCCAAUUUCAUUAACAAUCGAAUCAACGAUGGGAAAUGUGAUCCACGAGGACGCCUUUUUACUGGAACCAUGUAUUCAGAUAUUAUUGUACAAAAACGUACUGGAAAUUUUUAUAAAAUGGAGGAGAAUGGCAAUUACAAGCUAUUGUUUGAUAACAUUGGCAUUUCAAAUGGACUUGCAUGGAAUGAGAAAAUUAAUAAAUCUUAUUAUAUCGAUUCGUAUGACUACAAAGUACGAGAAUAUGACUAUGAUUUAAACACUGGCAGCUUCAAAAAUCCUAUGACUGUUUUCAAUCUAGACCUUCAAGAUAAAAUGAUUGCACCUGAUGGAAUGACUAUAGAUUCUGAGGGAUUUCUUUAUGUUGCUAUAUUUGGAGGAUCAUCCGUUUUGAAAAUUCACCCAAAAAAUGGUAAAGUUUUGCUGAAUAUUAAAAUACCAUGUGAAUCAGUCACGUCUGUAGCUUUUGGAGGACCUAAUUUGGAUAUAUUGUUUGUGACUACAUCCGCGCUAUUUGAUAAACCAAGUCCAGCUGGUACUACAUACAAAGUAACUGGAAUUGGCGCGAAAGGUCUUCCAAUGGCGAAGUGUCAACUUUAGUAAUAGAUUACACUGGGUAAAAAUAUAAUGACAAAUUACUUUCUGGUUUAAUAUAAUAUGUGAAACACCAUUUUGAGUAAUAUUUCUAUUGACAAAAGUGCAUAUCGAUGGUCCUUUUUUGCAGCAUCUCAAAAACUCAUUUUUAAAUGCGCCGAGGUAUAUUACCGAAGAUAUUCACAGGGACCUUGAAUCUCUACAGUUAUUAUAAGAAAAUCAUGAAAACAUCUCCUUGACAGCUGACUUCCAAACAAACUAUGCCAUAAAAUUUCUUGCAUAACAAACCAUUUUUGAAGUGAAAACUUCUUUAGUAUCGUAGUGAUUUGAAGUAAGAUGAAACG